GCCCGACUACUAUGGCGAUUUAGUGAUCAACGUGUACAGUAUAUGAUCGACCAGGAUCAACACUAGACCGGACUGACUACUGCAAUUCUUGUACACCUUUAUUCUUACUCUGCACCCGCGACCGAUACGUGGGGAUAGGCAGCUCACGACGAUCACGCCCCAGUAGGACUGGAUGUCGCUGGGGUACCCGACUGAUUCUGGGCUUCCCUCGAACAUGGGGAUAGCCCAAGGCGGCGGGCAGGAAAUGAUGAUGGAUCACGAUGCGACGAUGAUGAUGGAUAUGGACAUUCCUCUCCCGAUGGACCUCGAUCUCGACCUUGGCGGAUCCAACGAGCCACAGAUAUUCGGUCCGGGACCCCGACCUUUACCCCAACACCCACGACAGCUUGGUGCCUCCGGACCGUCAGGACACACUGGACCACCAGGAUUACCACUCGAGCGAUCAAUGCCAGACAGUCUGGGCAGUGUGCGGACACAGACGCCCAGCGAAUCGAUCAUGCCAGUUGCAGGAGCCGGACCACCUCCAGCCGGGUUUGGCAUGGCUCCACCACCUACGUCCAGCACCUUGACGGAAUUCACUAAGAGGCGGAAUUGGUCACAGCGUAUUAUCGAGGAAGUGAAAGACUUUCUUCACAUUUUGUCGCCAGAUGGCAGAAUUUUAUGGGUAUCACCUUCGUGUAAAGCCUUGACAGGACACGACCCUACAGCGAUCACUGGAAAAUUCAUGAUCGAAUUCAUCCACCCGGACGAUAGUGGUAUAUUUUGGCGCGAGUUCAAUGAGAGCAUAGCCAGCGGGAAGUUCAUGCGAUUCUUUUACCGGCUCAAGAAAGAUGACGCAUCUUACGCGAUCUUCGAAUGCGACGGACAUCCUCACAUAUCUUCUGACGUGACUGGGCGGACAGGCAAUCUUGCACAGAAUACGCCAGCAGGGUACGGACAAAAUCAGCCGCAGGGAGCAACGGCGAAUGCAACUGCAACAACGGCAGCCACCGUCACAGACACAAAUACAACUGCAACAGCCACCAAUUCAAUGGGCGGGCUGUGCAGUGGAGUUUUCAUGAUGGCUCGGCCGUACCCGACGAAGAAUGCGGCUCUGCUAGACUCUUUCCUGGAACAUAAGAUGGAGAAUGAGCGCCUCAAAAAGAAAAUAGAGGAGCUCAAAAAGGAAGAGGAGGAAGAGGUCGCCGAGCAAGCUAGACUAUACCGUAGCAACGUCAUCUCGCCGAUGCAUCCUGCACAAUCGCCUAUGCGGACUGCUUCGCUGUUCCGCGGCGAAGAUUCAAUAGCAGAGACGCCUGACUACCAGGGAAUGCCUCCGCCCGCCAAGCCAUCAGUAUCAAAUACAGCCCUGACGCAACAAAAUCUUAGCUCUGUGAUGUCCUCGCAGCGCCCCGACAGCAUCGCCGACAAGAUGUCGCGAUACGAAGCCAACAACACUCAUCUCGAAAGCAUCGAACUCAUGACUGGUCUCCAAUACCGGGAAGGCGAGCGAAGUCACGGCAUCAGCACAGGCGAUCAAUCCCCCGCUCUAAUCCGCGGUGACGCAGGCAUUGCUAUUCUUCUUGAUCGCGACCGCGACGGCUCGAAGAAAGAGCGGAAGAAGGUCAAGGUCGCCGAGGAGUACGUGUGCUCCGAUUGUGGCACACUCGACUCGCCUGAAUGGCGUAAAGGUCCCAAGGGUCCGAAGACCCUAUGUAAUGCAUGUGGCUUGCGCUGGGCGAAGAAGGAGAAGAAGCGCUCUGGCGACGAUGUCAAAAGCAACCACAGUCCUCCUGGAAUGAGUGGCAACUCCGUGUUGGGCGGAUCCAUGGAGAGGAAUCCGUAUGGGAUCGGCAUGUCCGAUGCUCAUAUGUAAACCUGGACGGCAGCUAUGUUGAUGACUACGACCUACGACGGCGUUGUUGGGGCGGAGAGAGCAUUUAUGACUUCUUGCACAUGGGCGACUUCUUGUGUGGCUAGACUAAUCCCUAGUUACCAGGGCUUUUGCGAUUAGGACCUGAUUUUGGCUCCAUAUGUGACACGACGAAUGAAUAGGGGAUCGAAAAGGUAUUUGGCGUCCUUAGGUGCUCAUUGUUGUAUUUGGGAUUGGUCGGACACCUUUAGAAAACAUGACUGCAUUUUAACAUCUCGGGGCAUCGGGAAUGAUGGCAUGACAAACGGGGAUUGGCGAUGGUGUACAAAAGGACCGGUGCAGGCUAGCAGACCUCAUUAGUUGUAUACCUCAUCGCGUGAGCCCUAUGGUAUGAUUUAAACUCGAUCAUUGUUUCUUUGCUGUGAGAUGAGGUGCAGUAGUCCGGCUCGCUGAUCUGCAGUUGCAAUCCAGUUCUGCGAUUUCGCAGCAUA